AUGAGUAUGUUCCCGGUGCGUGUGGUGGUGGAAUCGGUAAGGCCACAACAUUGCUUAACAUGUGCACAUGACGGUCAUAUGCUUGUUGAUUCGUACGCAAUUGUUUCUGGUGCUACUUCAUUAAGUCAACUAGUCGACACUGUUUUGAGUGCACUCGGAAUGCCGCAACUGGCCGUUCAUUCUCGAGGUUUGUUUCGCGUUACUUUGGAUUUAUUCAUUGGUUUGUUCGUUCAGUGUCACUUCCUUCAACAACUGUUCUCUCGUGCAUGUAACAUGCAUCAUGACCGUUUGAUAAAGUCAUGCGACACUGUGCUCUUUCAUAUAGAUCACUCGUAG